AUGCCGCUCUUCUUCCGGAAGCGGAAACCCAGCGAGGAGGCUCGGAAACGCCUGGAGUACCAGAUGUGCCUGGCAAAAGAAGCGGGGGCAGAUGACAUUCUGGACAUCUCUAAAUGUGAGCUCUCCGAGAUUCCAUUUGGGGCUUUUGCAACAUGCAAAGUUCUACAGAAGAAGGUGUUGAUUGUCCACACCAAUCAGCUCACUUCCUUGCUUCCGAAAUCCUGCAGCCUCCUAAGUCUGAUAACCAUCAAGGUUCUGGAUCUUCAUGAGAACCAGCUGACAGCCCUUCCCGAGGAUCUAGGGCAGCUGACAGCCCUCCAAGUAUUGAACCUGGAAAAGAAUCAAUUGACAUAUCUCCCACGUUCCAUUGGGAACCUGACCCAGCUCCAGACCCUCAAUGUGAAAGACAACAAGCUGAAGGAGCUUCCGGACACCGUGGGGGAACUGCGGAGCCUGCGCACCCUUGACAUCCGUGACAAUGAGCUGCAGAGGCUGCCGCAGACGCUGGCACACGUGCGGACCCUGGAGACCCUAAGCCUGGACGCCUCGUCUAUGGUCUUCCCGCCGCUGGAGGUGUGUGGCGCAGGCACAGAGGCCAUCCAGCAGUUCCUCUGCAAAGAGUCAGGGCUGGAAUACUACCCCCCUUCUCAGUACCUGCUGCCAGUCCUGGAGCAAGAUGGAGCCCAGAGCUCCCAGGACAGCCCUGAUGGGCCCUCGGACAGACUCUCCAGGGAGGAGGCAGAGUGGCAGAAUAGGUUCUCGGACUAUGAGAAGAGGAAGGAACAGAAGAUGCUGGAGAAGCUGGAGUUUGAGCGGCGCCUGGAGCUGGGGCAGCGCGAGCACGCCCAGCUCCUCCAGCAGAGCCACAGUCAGAAGGACGAGAUCCUCCAGUCCGUCAGGAAGGAGCAGUCCCGGCUGGACCACGGCCUCAGUGAGCACCAGCGCUACCUCGAUGGAGAGCGUCAGCGGCUGCAGGAGCAGCUGAAGCAGACAGAGCAGAACAUCUCCAAACGGAUCCAGAAGCUUCUGGAGGACAAUCAGAGACAAAGGAAAAAUUCAGAGAUGUUGAAGUCACUGGAAAAUGACAGAAUAAGAAUGGAACAGUUGAUGUCCAUAACCCAGGAGGAGACGGAGAACCUGCGAAGACGUGAGAUUGCCUCCGCCAUGCAGCAGAUGCUGACCGAGAGCUGUAAGAACCGCUUCCUCCAGAUGACCUACGAGACUCAGAGGCAGAACUUGGUCCAGCAGGCCUGUUCCAGCAUGGCUGCAAUGGAUGAGCGGUUCCAGCAGAUUCUGUCAUGGCAGCAGAUGGAUCAGAACAAAGCCAUCAGCCAGAUCCUGCAGGAGAGCGCCAUGCAGAAGGCUGCGUUUGAGGCUCUCCAGGUGAAGAGGGAUCUGAUGCACCGGCAGAUCAGGAACCAGAUUAAGUUAAUAGAAACUGAGUUAUUGCAGCUGACACAGCUGGAGUUAAAGAGGAAAUCCCUGGACACAGAGGCACUACAGGAGAUGGUCGCAGAGCAGCGCUGGGCCCUCAGCUCCCUGCUCCAGCAGCUGCUCAAAGAGAAGACGCAGCGCGAGGAGGAGCUCCGGGCCAUCCUGACGGAGUUAGAAGCCAAAAGUGAAACCAAGCAGGAGAAUUACUGGCUGAUUCAGUACCAACGGCUGUUGAACCAGAAGCCCUUGUCCCUGAAGCUGCAGGAGGAGGGCAUGGAGCGCCCGCUGGCAGCCCUGCUGGUGGAGCUGUCCGCCGAGCACUAUCUGCCCAUCUUUGCCCAUCACCGCAUCUCGCUGGACAUGCUGAGCCGGAUGAGCCUGGAGGACCUGGCCAAGGUGGGAGUCUCAGAAGCUGGCCUGCAGCACGAGAUCCUGCGGAAAGCCCGGGAGCUGCUGGACGCGGCCAGGAUCCAGCCAGAACUGCUGAAACCACCCCCGGCGGAGGCCCUCGGGGCCCUGGAGCCCACGGCCCCUGAGGAGCUUCCUGAGUCCUCGAAGCCCUCGGCGCCGCCCGCGGAGCUGGAGGUGCAGGCCUCGGAGUGUGUGGUGUGCCUGGAGCGGGAGGCCCAGAUGAUCUUCCUCAACUGCGGCCACGUCUGCUGCUGCCUGCAGUGCUGCCAGCCGCUGCGCACCUGCCCGCUGUGCCGCCAGGAGAUCGCCCAGCGCCUCCGGAUCUACCACAGCAGCUGA